GGGCCCCAGAGGGGUGCGGCGGCCGGCUCCGAGGGGCGAUGGCACGCAGGCCUGAGGACACGCGAGGGUCCCUGGUCUUCCAGGAGGGGAAGGAGAUCGAGGGCGACUACUAUGGCGGACAUCAUCGCCGUGUACGAUGACCCGACGACUGCCGUCAUUUCGUUUUCCGCCUACGAGCUGGAGAACGACAGCACGUUCACCUACCCCCUCACCUACGCCGAGUUCGACAAGCUGUUCCAGUUCGACGCCGAGCUGAUGAACCCCUCGAACCAGGACGCGCGGUUUCACUGGGUGAUCGAGCGGCUGGACUUCGUGCAGGACAACCGAGCCCAGAAGGUGCUCUGCCUGGCGCAGGAGCCCACGCCGCUGCUCGAGGACGAGGACGAGCUGGUGCUCGCGGAGGAGCUUCCAAAAGCGAAGGAGCACGUCGCCGUCGGAGGCAGGGUCGACGCCGCGACCAGGGCGAAGCUGCUCAAGGAGCUGGACAACCAGGACGAGGAGAGGCAGCAGAUCACACUGGUCAAGAGCGAGGCCGCGCGGAGGCGCUUCCUGGCGGACCUGCACGCCAAGCGCCAGCUGGAGCAGCUGAAGGCCUCGCAGCGGCUGCUCAAGACGGACGAGGCGCG